AUGCCUCUAAACCGCACUUUGUCCAUGUCCUCCCUGCCAGGACUGGAGGACUGGGAGGAUGAAUUCGACCUGGAGAACACAGUGCUCUUCGAGGUGGCCUGGGAGGUGGCCAACAAGGUGGGCGGCAUCUACACCGUGCUGCAGACGAAGGCAAAGGUGACGGGGGACGAGUGGGGUGACAACUACUACCUGGUGGGACCGUACACGGAGCAGGGCGUGAGGACCCAGGUGGAACUGCUGGAACCCCCGACCCCGGCCCUGAAGAGGACACUGGACUCCAUGAAUGGCAAGGGCUGCAAGGUGUAUUUUGGGCGCUGGCUGAUCGAGGGGGGCCCCCUGGUGGUGCUCCUCGAUGUGGGGGCCUCAGCCUGGGCCCUGGAGCGCUGGAAGGGGGAGCUGUGGGACACCUGCAACAUUGGGGUGCCCUGGUACGACCGGGAGGCCAACGACGCCGUCCUUUUUGGCUUCCUCACCACCUGGUUCCUGGGUGAGUUCCUGGCCCAGAGCGAGGAGAAACCACAUGUGGUCGCACACUUCCACGAGUGGUUGGCAGGCGUCGGGCUCUGCCUAUGCCGCGCCCGGCGGCUGCCCGUGGCUACCAUCUUCACCACCCAUGCCACGCUGCUGGGGCGAUACUUGUGUGCUGGGGCUGUGGACUUCUACAACAACCUGGAGAAUUUCAACGUGGACAAGGAAGCAGGUGAGAGGCAAAUCUAUCACCGCUACUGCAUGGAACGGGCCGCAGCCCACUGUGCUCAUGUCUUCACUACUGUGUCCCAGAUCACCGCCAUCGAGGCUCAGCACCUACUCAAAAGGAAACCAGAUAUCGUGACCCCCAAUGGACUGAAUGUGAAGAAAUUCUCUGCCAUGCAUGAGUUCCAGAAUCUCCAUGCUCAGAGCAAGGCUCGAAUCCAGGAGUUUGUGCGGGGCCAUUUUUAUGGGCACCUAGAUUUCAACUUGGACAAGACCUUGUACUUCUUUAUCGCUGGCCGCUACGAGUUCUCCAACAAGGGGGCUGACGUCUUCCUGGAGGCCUUGGCCCGGCUCAACUAUCUGCUCAGAGUGAAUGGCAGCGAGCAGACGGUGGUCGCCUUCUUCAUCAUGCCAGCUCGGACCAACAAUUUCAACGUGGAAACCCUAAAGGGCCAGGCCGUGCGCAAGCAGCUUUGGGAUACGGCCAACACAGUGAAGGAAAAGUUUGGGAGGAAGCUUUAUGAAUCCUUGCUGGUGGGGAGCCUCCCAGACAUGAACAAGAUGCUGGACAAGGAGGACUUCACUAUGAUGAAGAGAGCCAUCUUUGCCACGCAGCGGCAAUCUUUCCCUCCUGUGUGCACCCACAAUAUGCUGGAUGACUCCUCGGACCCCAUCUUGACAACCAUCCGCCGAAUCGGCCUCUUCAAUAGUAGUGCUGACAGAGUCAAGGUGAUUUUUCACCCGGAGUUCCUGUCCUCUACGAGCCCUCUGCUCCCCGUGGACUAUGAGGAGUUUGUCCGUGGCUGCCACCUUGGGGUCUUCCCCUCCUACUAUGAGCCUUGGGGCUACACACCAGCUGAGUGCACGGUAAUGGGUAUCCCCAGUGUCUCCACCAACCUCUCCGGGUUCGGCUGCUUCAUGGAGGAACACAUCGCAGACCCCUCAGCUUACGGCAUCUACAUUCUGGACCGGCGAUUCCGCAGCCUGGAUGAUUCCUGCUCGCAGCUCACCUCCUUCCUCUACAGUUUCUGCCAGCAGAGCCGAAGGCAGCGCAUUAUCCAGCGGAACCGAACGGAGCGCCUCUCUGACCUUCUGGACUGGAAAUACCUAGGCCGGUACUACAUGUCAGCGCGCCACAUGGCGCUGGCCAAGGCCUUUCCAGAAUACUUCACCUACGAGCCUCACGAGGCUGACGCGACCCAGGGCUACCGCUACCCACGGCCAGCCUCAGUGCCACCAUCACCUUCGCUGUCGCGACACUCCAGCCCACACCAGAGUGAGGAUGAGGAGGAACCCCGGGACUUACCACCGGAUGAAGAUGGCGAGCGCUACGACGAGGACGAGGAGGCCGCCAAGGACCGGCGCAACAUCCGCGCGCCCGAGUGGCCGCGCCGCGCCUCCUGCACCUCUUCCACCGGGAGCAAGCGCGGGUCGGUGGACACGGCGCCCUCCAGCUCACUCAGCACCCCCAGCGAACCCCUUAGCCCCGCCAGCUCCCUGGGCGAGGAACGCAACUAA